CAGGUUCCUGUGAGGAUGCUGUCCACGGCCGCCCUGCUCUGGCCUCUGCUCAGCUUCUGAGGUUUUCUGUCCCGCCACCACCGACCUGAAGGGGCUUGGAGUGCGGCCCAGCAGGACAUCAAACCUGGGCUCAGAGAGCCACUCAGUCCAGGAUGAACACAGCCUUGCACCUGGACGAGGGUCCUCCAUGGCUGCAUGGUGGGCUGGGCAAAGAGGCAUCACAGGCCACCCUGCCAUUGGGCCCGUCCAGACCUGGACCAGCUGACAGCUCCCGAGGGCUCCACGCCCACCAGACAAGACCACAGGGGCGCUGAAGGCCAGCAGCGGGGUUUCUGAUGCAGGCUGUGUCACGGUGGUACUGUUAUUGUAGUAGUGGUAGUUAUUACGGUUAUGGUAGUAGUUAUUAUAGUUCUUGUGAUAGUUAUUAUAGUUAUUGUAGUAGUAGUUAUUAUACCUAUUAUGGUAGCACAGUGACACUCUCCAAGACAAAAACCCCUGCCCCAAGGUCCCACGACCAGGGAGCCUGUCCUCCAGGUCUGGGUCUGACCCUGCCCUCCUGACCAUCGGACUGCACCCUGCACGCCCUCAGCCUGCUUUCUCAGGGCAGCAACAGCCCGAUGAAGGGUCCUGGGCCAGGAGCUGGGCUGCUGAGACCCAGACAAUGAGACCCCCAGCAGCUUCCCACCCCCUGACCGUGGAGGAGCUUGUGCAGGCCUGAGACAGACUGGGGACCGACUCUCAGACCCUCCCCACCACGGGGGCCCAUCCAGACCUGGACCAGCUGACAGCUCCCAAGUGCUCCACGCCCACCAGACAAGACCACGGGGGCGCUGAAGGGGCCCAUCCAGACCUGGACCAGCUGACAGCUCCCAAGUGCUCCACGCCCACCAGACAAGACCACGGGGGCGCUGAAGGUCAGCAGCGGGGUUUCUGAUGUCGGCUGUGUCACGGUGGUAUUAUGGUGGUAGUUAUUAUGGUUAUUGUAGUAGUAGUAGUUAUUAUAGCUAUUGUGGUAGCACAGUGACACUCUCCAAGACAAAAACCCCUGCCCCAAGGUCCCACAACCAGGGAGCCUGUCCUCCAGGUCUGGGUCUGACCCUGCCCUCCUGACCAUCGGACUGCACCCUGCACGCCCUCAGCCUGCUUUCUCAGGGCAGCAAUAGCCCGACGAAGGGUCCUGGGCCAGGAGCUGGGCUGCUGAGACCCAGACAAUGAGACCCCCAGCAGCUUCCCGCCCCCUGACCCUGGAGGAGCUUGUGCAGACCUGAGACAGGCUGGGGACCGACUCUCAGACCCUCCCCACCACAGGGGCCCAUCCACACCUGGACCAGCUGACAGCUCCCAAGUGCUCCACGCCCACCAGACAAGACCACGGGGGUGCUGAAGGCCAGCAGCGGGGUUUCUGAUGCAGGCUGUGUCACGGUGGUAUUAUGGUGGUAGUUAUUAUGGUUAUUGUUUUGGUAGUAGUUAUUAUGGUAGCACAGUGACACUCUCCAAGACAAAAACCUUGGCCCCAAGGUCCCACAACCAGGGAGCCUGUCCUCCAGGUCUGGGUCUGACCCUGCCCUCCUGACCAUCGGACUGCACCCUGCACGCCCUCAGCCUGCUUUCUCAGGGCAGCAACAGCCUGACGAAGGGUCCUGGGCCAGGAGCUGGGCUGCUGAGACCCAGACAAUGAGACCCCCAGCAGCUUCCCACCCCCUGACCCUGGAGGAGCUUGUGCAGGCCUGAGACAGACUGGGGACCGACUCUCAGACCCUCCCCACCACGGGGGCCCAUCCAGACCUGGACCAGCUGACAGCUCCCAAGUGCUCCACGCCCACCAGACAAGACCACGGGGGUGCUGAAGGUCAGCAGCGGGGUUUUUGAUGCCAGCUGUGUCAUGGUGGUAUUAUGGUGGUAGUUAUUGUAGUUAUUAUGGUAGCACAGUGACGCUCUCCAAGACAAAAACCCCUGCCCCAAGGUCCCACGACCAGGGAGCCUGUCCUCCAGGUCUGGGUCUGACCCUGCCCUCCUGACCAUCGGACUGCACCCUGCACGCCCUCAGCCUGCUUCUCAGGGCAGCAACAGCCUGACGAAGGGUCCUGGGCCAGGAGCUGGGCUGCUGAGACCCAGACAAUGAGACCCCCAGCAGCUUCCCGCCCCCUUACCCUGGAGGAGCUUGUGCAGGCCUGAGGCAGGCUGGGCCUCUACUGGGACACCCAUGGUCUCAGCCACUCAUAGCACCGGCUGCAGGCGGGCAGUGGGCCAGGCUCAGACUCAAAGGCCCACACUCCCGGGUCCUGUCCUGACCGGCAGCCCAACCUCAUCACAGCAGCUCUGGGCUGGGGGAAUAACGGGGAUUCCGAGCAGUCCUGGGUCACUGCGGAGCUGAACUGAGCGACACUGAAAGAGGCGAUGUAGCCAAACCGGCCACCUAGGGACCUGACCCCAGGCCUGAGGUCAGAGAGCAGAGUGCAGCCCGCCCUGCACUGCCUUCAGACCUGGGGUGAGCCAGCAGCACCCAGCGGUGCCUGGUCUCCAGGUCCUGGAGCUGGGCAAGUCAUGGGGUCUCUCCACCCAGCCCCUGGACCUGGGGCAGCAGAAUCUGUUCCUUCAUGGCCACCCUGACAAGUGUCUGUUGGCCCAGCUCCCUCCUGGGAUCCAUCUGGAGCCUACCCAGACAUCCUGCGCUACACCUCUGCCCUCCCAGCCCCUCCCGUGGACUACUCACUGCAGCCUCCAAUGCCUAUGUCUGCAACUGGGCACACGCCUGGUCUCAGGGCAGCUCCUGCCUCCUCUGAACCCCUGGUGACCUCUAGUGUGUCCAGACGCCUGGCCCCUCUUUGUCCUGAGGAAGAACCUCCCUCUGACCUGGCCUUCGUGGAUGGCAACCACGGCGACUGCUCAGAUAGCAACAGGACCAACUGGUGGCCACCCCCACACCCUCGGGGCCCCACACUCUGACCCCAGGAUUGGCAGCUUGUUCCUAGAGUCUGGAGCCCUCAAGGCUGUUGACCUCUGGCAUUCAGGCCUGAUGAGACGGGCCCUUGCAAGCUGGGAGAACCCCAGGACUGAAGUCACACAGGUUGUGCGGACCUGCAGGGACCAUUGUGGCCUAGGGGCAGAGCUGGGGCCCAGCCCGAGGAAACCAGGAGGGUCAGCCUGGCACCCACAGGCCCUGGUCGGGGGCCAGCGCCUGAGCCCACACAGAGCCAGGGUCCAGCGCCCAAGGGUGCUGGUCAGCAGGCGGCCGCCCCAUCCGCAGGACCCUGAGCGAGGAGCCCUAGGCCGGGCUCUGGGGAUGGGGUGCCCUGGGCUGGGCUCCAGGGACGUGCACAAGGAGGCCCCUCACACUCGCAUCCGCCCUCCCCAGGGGAGCUCCAUUGGCACCAUCCACGGUGGGCACCAGAAGCUCGGGCCGGGCCUGCCCAGCCAGAGAGUGAGGAGGCCAGGCACCAGGCAGGCAGGUGGGCCGCUGUGUGCAUCCCUCCAGGGCCGGGCCCUGGCCCCCUCCCCUCCACCCUCACUGCCUCCGCAUCCUCAGCCUGUGCUCAGGGCACCCUUGGGGAGGGGUGGUCACAGAGAAUUUGGCAGAGGGGGCCUCACCCUGAGACUGCAGUGGAGGUCACCCCCAUGGCUGCGGGCCCCUCCUCGCGACUCCAGGGCACAGUCCUGCCCCGUCCAGCUCCCAUGCUGCACCUGGACAGAUGGGGUGGCUGGGUCAGCUGGGCUGGACAGGGGAGUUUGGCAGUGGAUUCCUUCCUCCCACCCGCCGCCUGCUCCCCGAGGAGCAGGAUGGAGGGAGACAGAGCCUGGGGUCUCCCAUGGAGGGGACAACCACUCAGUGGCCCGGCCACAACCAGAGACCCACAUGAGCCCACUGCACCCCUGCCCUCAGGACCCCCUAGCCGGCAGGGUGACCCUAGCCGGGAGCGGACCCCUGUGCCAGGAUAGAGCCCAACUCCAAGGGGGCCUGGAGCCUGAGGGGCUCGGAGUGCAGCCAAAAGGACAUCAGACCUGGGCUGAGAGAGCCCCUCGGUCCGGGAUGCCCACAGCCUUGCACAGGGCGAGGGCCCUCCAUGGCCACAGCGUGCACUCUGGAAUGGGCCCUCAGACCCUCCCCAACAUGGGGCUCGUCCAGAUCUGGACCAGCUGACAGCUCCACGCCCACCAGACAAGACCACGGGGGCGCUGAAGGCCAGCAGCGGGGUUUCUGAUGCCGGCUGUGUCAUGGUGGUGUUAUGACAGUUACGGU